CAGCUGUCCGCGCCCUGACUCAAACUCAAAAACCAGUUCCCGGCGGUAACCAAGGUUGCGGAAGCGGAGCUUACCUCCCGCUCUCCCGCGGCCUUGGCCCGUCGGGGACUCCUCGAGCCGCAUCGUGCGGACAGGUUUGUGCAUGCACACGUAACGUACAUCUCUGAGUACCGAACGGGUGAUCUGUCGGCAUUGGAUUGAUUAGUUGUUCUUGCGUGCCCCUUCUUUGUGCGGAAUCAUGACAGCGCAAUUUUGUUCGAUGAGUUCUGUUUCGACCAGUUGGAAAAGAAAAACAAGGAGAAUCAAACUGGCGAUUUGUAGACAAGCUGUAUUUGAUGUUAUGCAGUUUAAUGCUCGUGAUCCAUAUUUUGUGGCUGAUCCGUAUACUUUCCCCGCGUUUGGCUGGUCUGUUAACCUUGAUGAUUGUGCGCGAAACCCAUGCCCGUUUCAGGGGAACUCGGAGGAUCAGGUCAAUAUAUUGUUGAGUUCCUUAUCGGUGCCAGCUGCUGGGCCAACUGAUCGUGGAGAAGCUUUCUCGUCUCAUUCGGUUGCGUAUUCUCCAGAUGUGGUGCAGUCCCCGGAUGGUGGGCUACAGUCGAGACUGGGCUCUGUUUCUUGUGAUCCUGGUGUUCAGAAUGAGGAGUUGCAGGGCGAGGAGUUGCAGGAUGAGGAUUUGCAGAGUGAGGAGGUGCUGAAUGAGAAGUUGCAUUAUUCUCAGCAUACUGUUUUCUUGGAUUCAAGCUCUGAAGUUUGCCACGCUCCAUUUCCUGACACUCUGUCGGCUUCUGUUGACCCAGGUGUUCGGACAGAGGAGUUGCAUGAUGAGGAGUUGCAGGAUGUGGGGCUGCAGAAUGAGGAGUUGCUGAAUGAGCAGUUGCAUUAUUCUCAUCAUACAUAUUAUACGGCCUCACGCCCUGAAGUUUGCCACACUUCAGCUUCUGACGGAGACUCAGCUUGCCAUGGAAAGGAUUGGCAGGGGGAUCUGAAGGAUUUCAAGGACGAGGAGGAGGAUAAUGUUCAUGUUGAGUCCGUGGAGAGUUCUACGGCUGAAGAAGCGUCGCUUGCUUCUCAAUCAAAUAAUGCUGUGCUGUACUCAGUUCCUUUGGAUUAUUCUCUGCACUCAGCUCCUUUGGAUUAUUCUCUGCACUCAGUUCCCUUGGAUUAUUCUCGAGUGCAAAGGGAAGGUGGAGGCCCCGAGGCGCUGCCGUUGGCAUCCUCGAAAACCCGCGGAGAGUGCGAAGCCGACCAGCGUAAAGAUAACUGUGCUUAUUCUUCCCGGCUCUGUUCAGAUGAGUUGCACAGCAAUCGAUCUGAGUGUCAAGCUGCCAGGGACUGGGCCCGUGCCAAUGGCGAUGCAGUUGCUCUUUGGCGGGAAUUCGAACGGGUCCCCAAAGAUGAGUUUCAUGCUCGGAUCGAGGCGCUCAAGGCAUGCAAACUUCGAAUGGGAAUUGAGAGUCCCGAGGAGGCGCCGAGUCCAGAGGGGGAUGCUGGCCGUGGGAAAGGCCAGAGGCACCGCAGAAACAGGAGGCGGGCAAGGGCGAAGGCUCAGGCAGUUCUAACUGGCUCUUCUAUGUCAAAGUCGGCCCAUCCAUCUACUUGCGAUCCUCCCCAACCUCCGCCCUCUUUUGCGGACUUGUGCAGUUCUUCAAAUCACGUCGAGUGCGCCGGCACGGCUACCACAUGGGUGCUCCAGAGGCACAUCGCGCGCCUGCUCGUGGCGGACCACCUGCAGAAGGAGGACGCUGAUUGGGAUGCGGUCUUCCACGCAUGGGAUAAAAUGGCCACCCUGCGAGAGAGGGCAAAUUUCUAUUUGAAACAGGCUACUCUGCACCGUCUGUGUGAGGCUUACCACCGCGAUGGGGAGGAGGACGCGGACAUCCAGAGACUCUGGGAGCAGUGUCGGUUGGACAAGAUAAGGAUGCACCGUAUUGCGGGGUGGUGCUUCGGACAUUGGCGGUGUUUGACAUUCUACUCAAGUGGUGCUCAACGGUUGAUGGAACAGCGCUUGCAGAGCCACAUUAGGAACCUUUGUGUAACCUUUUGGCCUCCUCAUCAUAAAGAUUCUAUGGCUUCACACCCUGGGAGUUCCACGACUGGGAGUUUAUCUAAUGCAGUUGUGAGUUCAGCAGUGACGGAGGACGAGGAGAAACGUAACCACGCAGAUUAUUUUCUUCAGUUGGCGUGUAAUUUAAGGAUCAGGAAAUACUGCUUCCGCAAGUCUGGCUGGGUAAAGCUCGUUCACUCUUUCACGGCUGCCACGCUGUAUCGCCUUAUGGCCUCGGGUGCCGAGGAAAAGGCUGUGUUGCUUGAAGCGCUUCUUCGGGAUCGCGCGAGACUUGGCCCGAUAGCCAAUUUGACCCAUCUGUCGACGGAUAUCAGAGACUUUAGUCACCACAGACUCGUUCCCAAAAGCGUUGCGGAAGCCAUGAGAUACGUGACGAAUUUUCAGGAUGAAUGGAUGCGUCGCAAUGCAAAGAACUACCGCGAGUUGGCGGCCAAGGCGGGAUACCCAAUUGAUUGAUUGAUUUAGUGAUUGCCCUUAGGCUGACAUGGUUGGCCAGAAGCAGAAAUUGUUACGUUGUAUUCCAUACUUCCCUUAUUGAACAUGCGAGCAAGACAAAACUAGACGGCCUCCGUGGAUGCUUCGACGGAGGUCGCUCUGUGGAGGGAUGUGCUGCAGAAUGGUGUUUAGGCUUGUGUGUACACGGGGCGUGGCUGUUCGUGGCGGAGGAAGCUUUCUCGCUUGAUGCCUCUGCUUCUGUCGUGUUCUGUGUGAUGUUUGCAGCGCAACGGCUCUGUAUGGCCGUGGUGCACGUUUUGGGUAGCCUCUUUCAUCUCUAACCUGUUCCUACACCUUUGCAAUUUCACAUGUCGUGCUGCAUCCUUUUCCUUGUUCCUGCAUCCUAUUCCGAUGCCUAUGCCUCAGUGGCUCGGCAGUGUGAUGAUAAGAGAUGCCUUCUCUAGCUACCCUGUGCUCCGUUUGGGAGUCUUAGGGCUCAGCUGUCACAGCUGUCCGCGCCCUGCCUUAAACUCAAAAACCAAGGUUUGUGAUGAUAAGAGAUGCUCGCACUUGCUACCCUGUGCUCCGUUUGGGAGUCUUAGGGUUCAGCUGACACAGCUGUCCGCGCCCUGACUCAAAC